GUUGUACAUAGUAUUUAUUAUAAAUUGCUAUAAAUUGCGCAAUUAGAUGGAGAUGUAGCGAAAAGAUUUUUACUCCUCAUGUAUAUGAAGGAUGUAGGUAAUAAAAUUAAUUCAAUCCCUGGCAGGGUGUUCCAUGUGUAAAAAAAACAUGUGCGCGCGUGUGCGCGCACACACACACACACACACACACACACACUUAUUUCUGACAUUGCCCUCAUACUUUCUUCCAGUCACUUUAAAAUUGUGCCUCCCGUUUCCGCCCUGGGAAAAAGUCUCUGGCUGUCCCCUCGAUCUGUGCCCCAUAUCUUGGACAGUUGUGAUGUGCACUGCUUGCAUGGGAUGUAAUUGAGACAUGAUGCUCAGCUGCUCCAACUCUUCUCCCCCCUUUGUGACAAAGCCCUCUAUUAGAAACAUUGAAAUCCACAUGCUGUUCCUUGCCAUCUGCAAUAGCAUGGAAUGCAGAAACACUGUUAGGAGUACUUACUGGCACUUUUGACUUAAUAACCAUUUCCUCCUACUCUGUGAUCCAUUUGAGUCCAUGAAACAGAACAUUAUGUCUGGAUUGUAUUGAAUUCUAUGCAAAGAUUGAUAGUCUGAUCUCUAAAUGUAGUUUGUUUCAUUACUGGAGUUUAAACCGUGCCCUCUUGUGGAUGGAUACUUUUGUCAAGAGACUAGUGUGGUUAGAAAAGACGUAUUCAGAUUCGCUCAUUUAUGCUGGCACAGGAAGUUCAGGGUGUCCAAUAACUAGACAGAGGCACCGUUGCCAUAGAGAUUAAGAUAAGACACCCACCUUCUUAAAAAGGAUAUCUGUAUUUCUGGUCAGAUGCAUAAAGCCCUAGGCUUUGCUUGCUUUCUCAUGUCAUCUGUUGAAACCCGAGUAUGUGCCUGUCAAAUGAAGGUCAUAUAUUCAAUUGCUGACACGGUAGCAUAACUUCAUAGUCGGCAAGGUUUUUUUAUUCUCCUUAAGGAGACUGUUGUCUUGUUAAAUUUAGUAAAAGAGAAAAAAUUACUUUGUUUGCUCCCAGUGAUAAGUUAGCAGCAACGCUGUAGAAAAUAAAUUGAUUUAAAUGUAAAACUUGCUGUAAGCGUCAUAAUUCUAGGCAAUGCCCUUUCUGUGCCUGUCUUCUCUGUGCUUUGCGCCUAACAGUUUGUCUUCUCUGCAUGAGUGCACUGCAGCCCGUCGACCCAAAAACAUUAGUUGAUUUUGCCUUCUUGUCUGAAACCUGCAGAUUAAGGUUCUUUCAUGAGAGAGUAAGACUGAUGUCCUAGCUUUUUUUUCAUUACUGUGUAAUUAGUUGAAUGGUGGGCUGCAAAAAGGCAGCAUGCAUUCAAAUUAAAUUUAAGUCGAAGUCAAUGUAAAUUUAUUAUCAAAUUUAUUGUAACCAUAUACUACCCUGAGAUUCAUUUUCUUGCAGGUAAUCACAGCAAAAUUUAAAAAAUACAAUCGAAUUUAUGAAAAAAAACUGCCAAACAACAAAUGAAGAGAAGACAAAUUGUACAAAUUUAAAAUAAAAUAAUUCCUUAUUUUAAAAUUACCGCCAUAAAAAUAGUUGUCUAACUUAGCAAGGAUUUUUGGAAAUUUUUUUUUUGGAAAAUCUUUUAACCUUGAUGUGAAAAAAGGCACAAAUAAGUCUUACAACAGCAUGUGUAUGUUCAAGGAUUUCCUGUUCGAGGGAACUGUGCUUUAUCUGAGGGAAGGUCCGUUGACAGGAAAUGUGUCAGUCACUUGUUUUCUUAUACUGAAGGAAGUGAAAAGGAUUCGAUGAUUUGCCGACUGUAUGCAGUUGCCUCUGUUCUCAAAGGUUUUUAAAAGAAAAAAAAAUUGUUUAUUUACAACUGUUUAAUGCCUGUCAUGAGCUUUGAUCUGCACAUCUGACCCUGGAGCUCAGGGAAACUGAAGAAAGUGAUGCCGUUUUUUAAAUAGGUAUUGAACUUGCAAAUAUUUCAGUAUCUUCAAACUGAAAGAACCUCGGUCUAAAUGGGUCCAGUCAUGCCUCCCAGCAAGAAGCCAGAAGGCUCAGGAAUUAGUGUUUCGAGUGGACUGAGCCAGUGUUACCCAGGGAGUUCACUGACCAAGGCGCUGCAGGAGGUUGAAGAGUUGGACUUAGCAAGCAGUUGCUUGCCCACCAUCUGUUUGGAGAAGGUGGCCAUGGAGGAUGAAGAGCUAACAAACCUGAACUGGCUACAUGAGAGCAAGAACCUCCUCAAAAGUUUUGGUGACACAGGACUGCGUAGUGUCAGUCCUGUUCAGGACAUUGAUGAGGAUACCCCUCCAUCCCCUGCUCAUUCUGACCAGCCCUACGACGCCAAGCAGAACCCUAAUUGCAAACCACCUUAUUCCUUCAGCUGCCUGAUAUUUAUGGCUAUUGAGGACUCGCCCAGCAAACGCCUGCCUGUUAAGGAUAUAUACAACUGGAUCCUAGAACAUUUCCCAUAUUUUGUAAAUGCUCCAACUGGGUGGAAAAACUCUGUUAGACACAAUUUGUCUUUGAAUAAAUGCUUCAAGAAAGUAGACAAGGACAGGAGUCAGAGUAUUGGGAAGGGCUCCUUGUGGUGUAUAGAUCCAGAAUACAGACAAAACCUUAUUCAAGCAUUGAAAAAGACGCCCUAUCAUCCCUACUCUCAUGUUUUUAACACGCCUCCAACUUCCCCGAGGGGAUAUCACAGCACAUCAAGCCCACCCCUUUGGCCAGGGAGUGCUUUUUUCAAGAAGAAUGGAGCCCUCCAAGAUUCUGAUAUUGAUGCAGCUGCUGCCAUGAUGCUGCUGAAUUCUUCCCCUGAGGUGAAGGGAGCUGAAUAUGCUGUGGGAGUUAUGCCAAACGGAGGUCGAGCGUACAACCGAGGGUCGUUCAUGGGGAUGAAACCACUGCCGAUUAACACCAUUGGAAGCAUGGCUGCUGCCGUAAGGAACGGAAUUGUGAACUGUCGGAUGCGAAAUGACAGCGAACAAUCCUGUGGCUCCCCGGUCGUCAGCAACGACCCUAAAGAUGACCACAACUACAGCGUGGCAAAAUCAUCUUCCAAUCACAGGAGUACGUCCCCGACCAGCGACUCGACAUCCUCUUCCUCCGCUGACGACCACUAUGAGUUUGCCGCAAAGGUCAGCCACAAUGGGAGCGAGGGCAGCGAAGCCAGCUACCACAGCCACGAGAGCUACAGUGAGACAGAAGACGAGGAGAGAAAAAACAAAAAGGAAACCAAGGAUUCCUUAGCUGACAGUGGGUACUUGUCUCAGCACACAAAACGGCAACACCUGGCAAAAGCAAAAAAACACGCAACUGAAACACUGCCACUUAAAAAGAGGCGUACAGAGAAACCGCCGGAGAGCGAUGAUGAGGAGAUGAAAGAGGCAGCAGGUUCUCUCCUGCACUUGGCAGGGAUCCGCUCGUGUUUGGAUAACAUCACAAACCGCACUUCAAAAGGGCAGAAAGAGCAGCAACAUUCAGCAAAAAAUUAAGACUAAUGCACAGCCUCUUUAAGAAUUGUUGGCAGAAAUUUAUUUUCUUUCAGCACGUCAGGUGAAUUAUAAUGAUUUGUGGCAAUAUCAGCAAUCACUUUGUUUUCCUAUUUUAAGCCCCCUUGAGUUUUUAUAUAAAUAUAUAUGAAAAUAAUUUUGUUUAAGGAGAUUGAAGCCAUAGCAGAACUUUUACUGACACUCAGCUAAUUUGCAAAAGCUUUUCAUUGACUGAUAACAAAAGCCAAAAUCACUGCACCUCUCUCUCUCCCUCUCUCUCUCUCUCUCUCUCUCUCUCUCUCUCUCUCUCUCUCUCUCUCUCUCUCUCUCCCUCUCCCCCCACUUUCUCUCUCUCUCUUCACCCCUCCAACCCCUCCAUUAUUUCAGUCCUAUUACACAGGUGCAUGCAGGACUCAUGCUGAUACCUAUGGAGUUUGCAUUGCGAUUCCCGCGAUGCUCUAACAAGACGGUGACAGACUGCUCAGGUUCAGCUUUACUGAAUGACAGCCAGCCCGAGCGGUAAAACGCAAGUCAUGGCAACUGGAUAAAAUGGAAGCAAAAUAAUGUGUGCCAGCUAAGACCGCGAUGGAUCCAACUGCACUUAGAAUACCAGAGACCUGGUCCUUUUGACUGUGGAGCAGAUGACUGCCGUGAUUAUCGGAGAUAGCAAAACAAAAAAUGGGAAAACUGUCUAAAGCAAGAAAAGAGUCCUGCUCUUGGCCAAUUUCAUAUUUUUUUUUGUCUUCUCAAACCACACACACACACGCACGCACACACUCUCACACACACACACUCUCUCACACACACACACACUCUCUCACACACACUCACACACUCUCAUACACAGUCACACACUCUCACACACAGUCACACACUCACACACUCUCAUACACACCACACUCUAAGCCAUAUGCCUGAUGGACGGCACUACGUGCAAAGAGAAAGAAAAUACACCGCCUUUUUGAAACUGCCUGAGUGAUGUGAGAGCAAUCAAGUCUUGCAAAGAUGUUGAUAAUCAAGCGAUAACAAGUUAGCGAUACUAAUCCAUUCUGACAGAUCAGAAUGUUUAGCCUGGCCACAAUGAAGAAGACAGCAACAAAACAAAAAGCUCUAAAACCUGCCAAUAGUAUUAUUCUGAAACAGAAUUGCUUAACAGUGAUAUCGGUGAGCUCUUCCACUGCCCUGGAACUGAAGUAAGCAGUUUCUCUCUCUCAGUCAGGAUAAGUGUAGAAUAAAAGAUUUUGGAAUAUAACCGAUUUAGCCAGCAGGAUUAUCCAAUCCAUGUUGCAUGGGUUCUUUGAACAAAAACAUUGUUUUUUAUUCAAAGACAAUAAAAGAGUUCAUGUAAGGUAAAUAAUGUAUUUAGCAUGAGCAUGAAUUAUUUUCAUAUAAAUAUAGAAAAUAGAGAAAAGGCUAUGCCUCUAAUUUUUAAGCCCUUAGGCCUAGAUUUUUUUUUGAUGCAGGUGAUAAGGUUUAACCUUUUUUUCAGGGAAAAAAAACUGACUGUUGGGGAACUUACACUGCAAUAUGAAGACUUCACAUUUCCGGUAGGGCUUGGAUGGUUGAAUAUACUGCCUUGUCUGCACAUUUUGGGCCCCCAAAACAGUAUUGUUAAAUAUAAAUGCUAGUAACAAUACCACUAAACACGGUCUCCCAGUACAGGGU